AUGCACUCUUCAUCGGUUGGUCGUUCAAUCCCUAUUUCUCAAGGGUACCCUUCGUUUAAUUCCCAUUUGAAAAAUUGCAGUGUGGUGGAAAGCACCAUUCGCGCUCUUCCGGACUCUUCACUUUCCAGUUUAUCGAGAUCAACCUUUCAGCAUCCUCCUUCCCUACCUAAUGAUGCAUCAGUGGAUUCUGAUUUACACCAAAGGAUUCAUCAUGACUCCUUUCCGCAAAUUCAUUCAUACAGCCAUAAAACUUUUAUACAUUCUUUUCAAACUCCGGAGCCAUCAAAAAGGCACUUUUCUUCAAACUCCUUUACUUCCUUGCAACCACAGACCGCCUCUUCUCCUGAAAAUGAUAUCUCUUUCCAAAAAUGGGAAACAAAAGACGAAUCCCUAUAUGAUUUAUUAAGACUUACAUCUCCACCGGACCACUUGGCCUCCCAUACUCUACCUGUGCAUUCAACUUGUUCGUUUCCUUUUUUCAAAGACAAUCCCCGAGGAUCGUCUUUUCCAACUCAGAAUAAUUUGCCAAAAGUGCCUAAUAAAGCUUAUGGUGACCGAAGAAUAGGAAAACCCCUCGUUAAUCCUCUGUUUAAUUUAGAUUCGCCUGUUUCUGAUUUUAGGGUGAGCUCCAAAAACAUUCAUUCACCUCAGAAGCCUUCCUCUCAGGAUAAAGUUUUACAACCGUCUUCUGUCGCUAAUAGAAUUUUCUGUCAGGAUGAAUUUGCCAAACCUAUUUCUAGAAACCAUUCUUUUGAAACGCAAAACAAUGCACAAGAAAAUAGUGGUAUUAUACGUUCUUCUUCAACAAAAGCUGAUGAUUCGUUUCAUUUUAAUACUUCAGCUGAAUUGGACAGUUUUGCUGGUCUGAAUCUGUCGAAUAAGUCAUUACUUUCCGCACAGAUACAUCAAUCCAAAUAUUUGAAAUCUUCUAGUCAAGUGAUUGCGGCACAAGAAAUUGUUGAACAAACUUCUGAAGUAGUAGAAGAAAAAGCCGCUGAACCAUACAAAAGCUUGGAGAAGAAAGAGCGCCCUCCAUUAUUUACCAAUAACUCAUUCGCUGUCGGUGACUUGCAUGGCAGCCCGAAAGAGACAGUGACCAAUAUUUCUUCACUGCAUUCGCCCACUCGUUCUCGAAUUCCUGGAGCAAAAGCCUAUGUGAAAAAUACCAUCAAUAUUCAGGUCAUAAAAAAGAAAAACGAACAAUACAUCGCUCACUUUCCUGAACAUAAGGAACGUCUAGAUUUUUUAUGGCAGCAUAAAGCUAGUCCUGCUUUUGCUAAUUGUGCAUUAGCGAGUAAUGAUCGGUUUUCUCUUUCAGAAUUGCACAUGGAUAGUUCUGAGAUUUUAGCUCGGACACUAAAAAAGUCAUCAAAAAACAAUUGUUUUGGUCCUUUCAUUCUGGGGAGGACUAUUGGGAGAGGUGAAUUCGGAAAAGUUAAAUUAGGAUGGCCUUUACCAGGAUCCUCUCCAUCUAAAAAGCAUCCAACACCUCAAGUAGUUAUCAAAAUAAUUCGUGUAAUCAAAGGAGGGCGUUUGUUACGAAAGGUUAUUCGCGAAGCGACGAUUUUAAGAGAAGUUGAUGAUCAUCCCAACAUUGUGAAGUAUAUAGAUCUUAUUAAAACAAAGCACCAUAUGGGCAUCGUCUUGGAUUAUGUAAGUGGAGGCGAAUUGUUUGAUUAUAUAUUAGCUUCACGACGUCUUGAGGAUGAAACGGCUUGUAAGCUAUUUGCACAACUCAUUAGUGGUGUUGGAUACUUGCACUCAAAAGGAGUUGUUCAUCGAGAUUUGAAGUUAGAGAAUAUUUUGCUUGAUUCGAAAAAAAAUAUUAUAAUUGCCGAUUUUGGAUUUGCAACAACGUUUGGUCGUUUUGGUUCUCAAAAAAAUCAAGUCAGUAUUGCUAAACCGGAUUUAUUUAGAACCUCUUGUGGAUCGCCUUGCUAUGCAGCACCCGAAUUGGUUAACUGCAAAAGUGGAUCAUAUGCAGGUACCCAAGCAGAUAUAUGGAGUUGCGGUGUUAUAUUAUACGCUAUGCUUGCUGGUUAUCUACCUUUUGACGAUGAUCCUCAUAAUCCGAAUGGGGAAAAUGUUGUACGGCUCUAUCGGUAUAUAUGUAGUACCUCCCUUAUAUUUCCUGAGUAUAUCAACGAAAAACCCCGAGAACUACUCCGUAAGAUUUUGGUGCCUGAUCCUACACGAAGACUUCAAAUGUCAGGAAUCAUGAGACAUCCUUACUUGCGAGCUCAUAGGCAACUAUUUGAGCUUUACAAUGACUUUGGUACUUUAAAGUACCCUGUUGGUGGUUUUCUUUCGCAAAAAUCAGAAAUUAGUGUGUCUUCAAGCUCAACCGUUAGCACUUUCUCUUCAGUAGAUAUCCCAUCACGUGAUUCUAAUGUACAGAAAAAAACCGCUAUACAUGGCAGCCUUGAGUUGAAGCAACCAACAAAGACUUCGGCAUUAGUUAAUGAUGGUGCUCACGCUUCGGUAAUGUUAUAUCCAAAAGACAACAGCAAAAACCGAUUGGUUUCUCUGCUUCGCAAACCCAAUCAAUUUCCAAAGAGGUUUGAUGACGAGACUUUAUUCAAGGCCAAUUCAAAAAUUAGAGGACAUCAAAGACACUUAAGUACGGCCACAGUCGACUACAACCAUCGGAAAACACCUUUACCGCCCAUUGAAAUGAAAGUUACAUCUUUGGUAACGACAAGUUGUGAAACAAGGCGCAGAAGUGAGGCUACCAAUUCGUUAAAAAACUUGUUAUGUAAGCCCAAGAAAAACUAUUUAGGAAAGGAUUUUUCCUUUCUCAAAAAUUAUCUUUCGCUUAAAAGAAGAGGCAAAGAUUCUGGUUUAAUUUUGGAGACAAUAACCCCACUCGUAAGUACAUCUGACGCUUCAACUUUGAAGAACCUUCAUCGGUUUGAGAAGGGACAUAAAAGACAUUAUACUUUUGCAUAA